AAUUUUUGUUUUUCCAAAAAAGAAUUUUUCCUUUUUAGUGACAACUUUUACCUAGAGUUGUCAUGAAACCAAUGGUAUUGUCAGUAUUGGAUUACUCUUUUAUUCUUCUGGCCUCUCGAAGAAAGAUCAGACCAUGUUCAGUAACUUAAAUUUUGUUAGAUUGUUCCCUGUUCAUUUUGUUUUUCUCUUUUAGGGCUCCGUACCUGAGUACUGUGUGAUGUAGUUGAACAAAGGGCUUGGUUCACCCGGGGAGUUUUCAACGCUGUCUUACCCACGUGUAAUGAGAAGCAGCCACUGUUGCAGCGUGAGGGUUUGGGACGGUGACCACAACAUCCUUUAGCGAGAGGCUGCAGGGUUUGGGCUCCGCGGUGCUCCUUGGCGGUACUGGUCCUCCACACGGUCUGGACGUGUUGUUCCCAUUUGCGGAGCAGGAGAUGAUGGCUGAGUGUCUGAGUCUCUGCAGUCACGAGAGCCUGCGAUAGUGAUUCAGGCCGUGCGGCCUGUCUCUGGGCACCGCCACCUGCAGUCCUGGAAGGAAGCAUAGCUUGUUUCGAGUGCAUUCCAAGAUCAACCAGUCACUCGAUGGGGAGCAACGGCGGACCACCUUUUUGUGUCACCUUCCCACUUCUCUGUAGCAAGAAAAAUCACUUCAGCACCUCUUCAAUAAUAAUGAUGAAACUGGUAUUAACUGAAUGGCAAUUAUGGAUUUUUAACUCUAAUUCACAGUAAACCAGCAAGCCAUAUGUUUAAAAUCCAACCAAAAAUCAUUCUGUUCUGCUGCGUGUCUCACCCGAUUGUGAGAAGUGGAGAGAUCUCUGUUUGUACAAAGAGGGAUAUAAGCAUCACUUGCCGGAGGAACACAACUGAAGCAGAAGGAGAAGGUGUCCUAAUUUAUCCUUAAAGAUAUAUGAUAGCAUUAUUUAUAUAGAUAGAGAAAAUAUAUAUAUAUUAACAAAUAUAUAUAUAUAUAUACACACACACAUAUAUAUAUAUUUUUGGUGGUAAUGAAAAUGGCUCCGCAAAAUGCCGACUCAGAAUCUAUGCAAGUUCAAGACUUACCUGUGCCCCUGCCAGACCUGCAGAAGCCCGGAGGUGAGGACACCCACUACGAGACCAUCAGCGAGGGGUCCAUAGACCGGAUCCCUGUGCGCCUGUGGGUGAUGCACGGGGCCGUGAUGUUCGGCAGGGAGUUCUGUUACGCCAUGGAGACGGCGCUGGUCACUCCCAUCCUGUUGCAGAUUGGCCUUCCGGAGCAGUACUACAGCCUCACCUGGUUCCUGAGCCCCGUCCUCGGCCUCUUCUUCACGCCCAUCAUCGGCUCCGCCAGCGACCGCUGCACCCUGAGCUGGGGCCGCCGGCGGCCUUUCAUCCUGGUCCUGUGCAUCGGCGUGCUCUUGGGCGUGGCGCUCUUCCUGAACGGCUCUGCCAUCGGUCUGUCCCUCGGCGAUGUCCCCAGCCGGCAGCCCAUUGGCAUCGUCCUCACUGUGCUGGGGGUGGUCAUCCUGGAUUUCAGCGCUGAUGCGACCGAGGGCCCCAUCCGUGCCUACCUGCUGGAUGUGGUGGACAGUGAGGAGCAGGACAUGGCCCUCAACAUCCACGCCUUCUCUGCCGGCCUCGGCGGGGCCGUCGGCUAUGUGCUAGGGGGGCUGGACUGGACCCAGACCUUCUUGGGCGACUGGUUCCGGACGCAGAACCAGGUGCUUUUCUUCUUCGCGGCCAUCAUCUUUGUGGUGUCGGUGGCCCUGCACCUGUUCAGCAUCGAGGAAGAGCAGUACAGCCCCCCGCAAGAGCGGGGUGGGGAGGCGGCCGGCACCCUGCCCCCUACCGCCCCCGUGAAUGUUCUGGAUGGAGGCGUCGCCUUGUUCCCGGAGGAGGUGCAGUCCGAGCACGAGCUCUCCCUGGACUUCCUGGGUGUGGACAUGGUGCGGAGCAAGAGCGACUCUGUGUUGCACGUGCCGGACGCCGCCCUGGACCUGGAACCCGAGCUGCCCUUCCUGCCCGACAUCGAGCCCUCCAUCUUCCACGACGGCUCCUACCCCAGCACCCCCCGCAGCAGCAGCCAGGAGCUUCCCUGGACUAGGCUGUACCGCCUGGCCUCCGUGCUCAGGGAAACCGCAAAGGAGGACGCGACGCUGCUCGAUAAUCACUUGAACGAAGCCAAAGUCCCCAACGGGAGUGGCUCUCCCCCGAAGGACAGCCUCGGGGGCUAUACCAGGGUGGCCCCGAAACCUACGGCCACGUCCGGCUCCAUGAGGCGGCGGAGGCACAUGUUCCACCGGCAGGCCUCCAGCACCUUCUCCUACUACGGCAAGAUCGGGUCCAACUGCUACCGCUACCGAAGGGCCAACGCCGUGGUCCUCAUCAAGCCCUCGCGCAGCAUGAGCGACCUAUACGACCUGCAGAAGCAGCAGCGGCAGCGGUGCCGGCACCGGAACCAGAGCGGGGCCACCACCUCCAGCGGGGACACGGAGAGCGAGGAGGGGGAGGGCGAGACCACCGUGCGGCUGCUCUGGCUGUCCAUGCUCAAGAUGCCCAAGGAGCUGACGCGGCUGUGCCUCUGCCACCUGCUCACCUGGUUCUCCGUCAUCGCCGAGGCCGUCUUCUACACCGACUUCAUGGGCCAGGUCAUCUUCGAAGGGGACCCCAAGGCCCCCUCCAACUCGACCGCCUGGCAGGCCUACAACGCCGGCGUGAAGUUGGGGUGCUGGGGCCUGGUGAUUUACGCGGCCACCGGCGCGAUCUGCUCAGCCCUGUUACAGAAGUACUUGGACAACUACGACCUGAGCAUCAGGGUCAUCUACGUGCUGGGGACGCUGGGUUUCUCCAUCGGCACGGCCGUGAUGGCCAUGUUCGCCGACGUCUACGUCGCCAUGAUCAUGAUCAGCACCAUGGGCAUCGUCUCCAUGAGCAUCUCCUACUGCCCCUACGCCCUGCUCGGGCAGUACCACGACAUCAAGGAGUACGUCCACCACAGCCCCGGGAGCUCCAAGCGUGGCUUUGGCAUAGACUGUGCCAUCCUCUCCUGCCAGGUGUACAUCUCCCAGAUCCUGGUGGCGUCCGCCCUCGGGGGUGUGGUCGAUGCCGUCGGGACCGUGCGCGUCAUCCCCAUGGUGGCCUCCGUGGGCUCUUUCUUGGGCUUCCUGACGGCCACGUUCCUGGUGAUCUACCCAGACGUGUCGGUAGAGGUCAAGGAAGAGCAGAAAGGCCUGUCUUCCCAGCCUUCGGGGGAGAGCGGGGGCGGCGGCGAGAAGCCCACCGUCCUGAGGCUGACCAGGAAGGAGGGCCAGCCGAGGAAGGUGGAGACGGAGUCAAUGGUCUGAGCCUCACCCCUGCGCGCGGCACAUUCCAGGGGGGUGGGGUGGCGGGCGGGGCGCUCGCUCGAGCCAGAGUUCCUUCACGAGACGGGUGGAGACGCGGUAGCUGUAGGGUAGGGUCGGGCCGCUAGGCAAAAACACCACGCUAAUUACUUUGUCCACGAUUAAAGAAAAUCAUUUGAAAUCUUUUUUUUUUUUUUUUUAAUUGAAAGAGAUCUUGUAAUUUCACCUCUUUCAUUCUGCAGGUAUAUUAUUCUGCAUGUUUUUAAAUUAUAAACCAGAUUUACAAUAGCGACAAGCAGUUUAGAGAAAAAUAAGAUGUUCAUUUCUAAGGUUACAAUUGAAAACCAAAAUAACCUGCUGUCCUUUGCCGUUUGUUACCUGAGUACUUCAGGUGGCAGCCACGCAGUCCGGGACUAAAAUCUCUUUAUCACGUUCUCUCUGGACGCCUGCAGGUAUCUGGACGUUCUGUCAGAUCUCCUGUCUUGUUGGUGCUGCAGCUAUUGGAGAGUAUUUUCCUUUAUGAUUAUUUUAGAAGAAAAGUUUUCCUUUCAAAACUGGUUUUCUUAGGAGAAACAGCAUUUCCAUUUGUCCUCAGAGAUUCUGACAGAUGGUGCGUGGGGCAGCCCUGCCUCUGGGCAGCGGGAGGCGGCGGCCGCCCCCCACCAGCGCCCAGGGGAGGCAGGGUCCAGGCAGGUGCACGCGCGUGUCCGUGCCCUGACCCCCGACCCCCGACCCCCCGACCCCGUCGUCUUUGUCCGAAGCUCCCCGGAGAGGUUGUGGGCUCUUCAUUGCACUUUGACUCGUGUUUAAACCGUUUGCUGGGGAAAUCAUGAGGGCAGAGCUCCGGGAGUGGCCUCGCCCCCUGGGUCCUGCCGCCAGGCCUACCUCGGGUGUGUGGGACGGCGGCCCCGGCCGGGCGUGUGAGCUCCUGCUGGGCCGCCUCUGACCUCUUCUGACCUCUUCGCCUGCUCACCCCGCUUGACGCCGGAACCCGAACGGUUGCCAGGUGUCCGGGACGGAAGGAAGGGCCGCCCCCCCGGAGGACUCUGCCCCGUUUCUGCUUUCCGCGUAUGAGCCAGACGCGGACUUUGGGGAAGUGCGGUCAUCAGAUGCUGCAGCUACUUGGAAAUGCUUUUCAAACCACAGUCUCUUUAUAACUCAGCGGUUUCUGCUUCUCUUACUUGGAAUGGUCAGUCUAAGCCUCCUGGUGUCACCUGGACACAGACAGUGGUGAUACUUUGCUGCCUCAAGUUUUUUUAAAUAAAGAACUUUAAGAUGCAUGAGGAACCAUGCUGCAAUAUGAUCAUUCUAAAGCAAAUAUAUAUCUAUAUAUAUAUAUAUAUUUCAAGAUGAGACUAAGCAGUUUUUAAAUAAAUUACUUGAAUUUUCUGUGUAUUCAAAAGAAUGGCCGUGUAGUGUACUUGGCCGGCCCCUGGUCGUGCCGAGCCUCCUGGCCACCGGUGGCGCGUGCGGGUGGGUUGUGUUUUGUGUCUGUGGAGCUGUGGCGCCUGCCCGCGUCGGUCCCCUUCCACGCAGGAGCCCCGGACCUCAGAGAACCGGCAUGAAGACGUGAGCGUUUUCUCUGCGUUCAGACCUGCUGGCCUCGUGAACGUUGAGCUCCGACGGGGAAUGUCCGUCGUGCCGCUGGAAGGUGCCGGCAUCGACGCGAAGCGCCAGCCACUCGCGUGAGCCCCAGGCCAGGCGCCUUUGGCGGGUCCCCGUUCGCAGCUCGACCCGUGUCCCCCGAUGGCCCUGCGGCGGUGGGUCCUCCCGCUUUGGUUCUCGGGGACCGUGGUUGGGGGUCUUCCGACAGCUAGAAGAGUGGGCGGCAGGGGGUACGGGUGGGGGGAGAACGGCCCCGAAUCAAGAUCUGAGAUGAACCAAACGCCUGCCGCGCCCCCCCCCCCCUUCCCUCCCCCGCCAGCCCGCCUUCCUUCACCUAUGGCCGGUGCUCACCGACGGCUGGACGCGAGGGGCUUGGCUGGGACUUGGUUUUUAGGUGCGAGGCGCUCAGGGUGGGGCCACCAUUGAGAACACAGGUUAACUCUGGAGAUCCCAGCCUUAAACUUCCCCGUGAUCUGAAAUAGCAAAGCCCCCAAAGAACGCUUCGUUGAAGCCACUGUCGGAAGAGUAGUCAUGCGCCCCUCCCGGCAACAGCACGGGGCACACACACCUCAGCGAGGAAGGAAGGUGGUUGCGCUUCAGCGGAGAUUUAAAGGUUUUGAAGCCGUUUGGGUGUUGAUGACCAGGGUGUCUUACUCCUACUCCGUAGGUCCGGUCUGUGCACAGACCUGCGAGGGGAGGGGACGCACCUUGUGGUUUGGAUCAGAGGCGGUCCCCGCAGCUGCCUUCCUGGGCCCUUGCUCCGGGUGUGAACAGAGGUGUGCCUCCGCCCUCCCUUGCAGGGACUCGGAAGCCUGAGUGUCUUCACCUGUGUCUUAAGAGCUGAGGGGACUGGCUGGCUGCACGCUGUGGCUGGUGUGCACCCCGGGGGCGUGUGUCUCGUAAGGCCAUAUGUUCCUCAGGCGGACACGGGGGGGGGGGGGGGGGUGGACCCUCAGCCCGGUGACUCGGAGGGUUCUGUGUCUGGUGGCUGGACAGGCCGCGAGCGCCCAUGGGGUGGGCCUGCGGGUGUGGGUGCCGGGGACAGGCGGAGCCGGCCUGGCGGUGGCCCCCAGGGUUUGUGGGCACGGGUCAGAGGGCUCCGAGCUCAGGCGGCAGGCGUUUGGUUUAGCUGCUUGCCGUGUAGUGUAGACGGGCUUGUUGCCUGUAGAAGUCAACUGAGGAAAGGAUCUCUCCAGGAAAUGACCCACACACGUGCAGCUGAGGUCUUUACCCUCUGCUGGGGCGCCCCUCCGUCCCUGCUCCAUGGGCAGAGGGCCUUUGUGACCUUCCGGGUGGCUGGAGGGCCGAGCGUGCCAGCCGCUGUCCGCUGCCCCUCAGACACCCGCCCUCGAAGGUCCUGGAGCCUCCGGGGGCCACGCUGGGGGAGUGCUGAGACCAGUGUUCCCUGAAGGUGGGCAGGCCAGACGGCCAGGCCCUCAUCAGAGGCUCGGAGGCUGCAGACAGUCCUCAGGUCCCUUUCUUAAAGGUACCAGGGGGUCUCCUGCCCCCAGAUCCCCAAAGUGGAAGCUCUCGGAGGGGCCAUACAAAGCAGGGCUCUCCCUCCAGCCUCCCCAGGUGACACAGGCCCCGCCUGGCAGCCUGUGAUGCUCACGUGGCACGUUUGGAAAGUACUUCGCAAGGUACCAACUGUUCUGUGUCUAAUGGUUCACGCAGCAGCUAGGACGGGUGACGCCUGUCACAGACCAAGUUUGUAAAACACACAGCAGGUCACCUUGGGAAAGACACACCCAGACGUCCCUUGCCCCAGGCCGCGGCUUCUCACCGAGCUCCUGUCUACCUUCAGUGAGGCGGCUGCCCUUGCGGCCGGUCCCCACCCCCUUCGGGAGGCCGCCGCUGUCUUCUUCGUGUUGUAUCUGCAGGCGGCUGCUUCUGAGACAGGCCAUCCAUCUUCCUACCGGCUUCCGGGCUGGGAGGGGCUGCCCCGAUGGCCCCCUCCCUGGGCACUCCUGAGGGGCGGCCAGCGGGGUACUUGGCCCAGCACCCACUGGGAGCGGUCGGCUCAGCACAACCCUGGACACCCGUCACAUUACCUCCUCAGGAAGCCAGCUGCCACCUUCCUGGCCCAAACCCCCAGCCUGGCGACGGGGACCUCCUGGAGAGCGGAGUGCCCAACAUGCCCCCCCCCCCCCCCCCAUCUGCUGAAUCCCCUUGCCCUCCAUGUGCUGCGAACCGAGACUGUCUCUUGGUGGCAGAAGGACCUGCUUGUCGGAAAUGCCUCUUGUUGCCAGAGACACUCCCCAGGCAUCUCGGAACAAAACUAUUUAGUUCCAUUGUGAACUGGCCACGGGACAACUUGUUUUUAUCAACUUAUUAAGUUGGAGCACUGUAACAGCUCUUGCUGAUUUAGCAACGACGUCGUGUGUGUGUGUUAAACACAUGUUUUAUGGGGAAAGGGGAUCAUAAAGCAGAGUGUAGUGUCGCACGUUAACCUUUCCAUCCGGUGGCCAGAGUGGCCUGGUGUGUGUGUGUCCGUGCACAGAGCCUCUGGUUCUGUGCUUGUUUUCAGGUGUAUACUCGGCUUGUGUGUUCAUUUCUGUUGUGCACAUGGUUCUGUUUGUGGAACGCUCUGCCUCCUCCUGGCCUGUGACCAGGGCCCCCCUGUGUCUGUUUUGCUGUCACUCUGUGGUUAAAUCGUAAUAAACUUUUCCCUAUCAGGUGA